AUGGAAAGUCCUAUUGAUCCGAAGCAGGAGUCUGCGUAUACGCCCACAGACGAGGAUAUGAGUAUCGCGUCGUUUCCAACGGAUAGGGGAGCAAGCCAGUCAGGCGAUUCCUUCAUGUUCUGCACGUAUUGCGCCGAAGCGAAAACACUGAAGACGUUCAAGGCAAAGUCGGACUGGAAAAAGCACGAGAUGAGGAUGCACGAAACAGGCGAGGAUUGGCCGUGCCUUGUGAACGGUUGUAACCGGAUAUUCGAUCGCCAAAAAGACUUUGUAAAGCAUCACCAACGGUACCACUCCGGACGACCGCUACCAUCUCUGACAGACAUCGGCAUCCAGUUACUACCAAGGAGGGUUUUCGGAUGUGGUUUCGACAAGUGUAAAGAGGUUAGCAUAGGAUGGGACGAGCGCUGCGAUCAUGUUGCCAAACACAUGAAGAAUGGUUCAACCUUUGAUCAGUGGAAAUACUCGAACGUCAUCCGUAAUCUAAUCCGUCAAGAGGCGUUGCACGACACGUGGAAAGAGAUGAUUGCAUGUCUGAACGAACGGUUGCGGGAAAGCCGAUCCCAAAUCAGCUGGUGUCCGGACAACACGCGAAUACUACGCCAAAAAUUGCAGUGCUGUGAUUUGCGACCCAGUCGAGAGGAGGUUCUGAUAACAGCGCUAAGUUUGCGAUCCGAUAUAUCGUUAGAUCCGAGCCAACAACAACCGCCACUAGGUUUUGUCGUUCCCAGCAGGGACUCGGUGCCUAAUGUCGACGGACUGUCUCGGGAACAACGCAUGCACAUCCUCAUCGGGAACCCGAACGCGACCAUCUCACGGAGCCGCCUUGCUGCUGUCAAUGCUGCGCUGCUUAGGGCAAGCAAUGCAUCGCCUCACGAUGGAAACUUCGAUUGUGGCUCUUCACCUUUCGACGAUGGGCCCGGCCCCGAACCUGACACAAGCUCGCGUCGCAUAAGCUACAUGGACAUUGACACGUCUGAACCGUAUCUCGAUAUGUCUCAGCAAAGCAUACAGCAACCCAUACCUACAUUACAGAUGCCCAAUCCUGGUCACCAACAUCAGCAACCACCGCCGCAACCGCAGUCGCAACCGCAACCGCAGCAGGCUAUGAUGGAAACCGAACAUGCACAAGCACAUGAAUUCGUGGAUCCAGCAAAAUCAUCGAAUCCAUUGAAUCUGUUUUAUCCUAGCUACUUCGAUGCGCCUCCUCAGAUCGAAGAGAGUAAUUACUACGAACGACCGUCGCUCGGGCAGAUGAUUUCCAAGCCACUGCAAAGGAUUGGAAGUCGGUUGAGCAGACAUGGUACACCUGGGUCACGUCCAGUGUCGUCGCAACCCGACCACCGUAUGAUGCACGGGGACAUGACUCCCGAGUUCCAGAUCCAGAGCCCUGUUCAGAUGGAAAGGGGAUUCCCUCACCACCACCACCAUGCAUCAAGCAUGCACGUGCAACAGUACCCGGCGGGCGCAGGCAGCCAGCAUCAGCAUGGGCAACAACAGCAACACCACGACCAGCAACUUCUCUUUACGUCACCUAUCUGA